AUGAGUGUCCCUGUCACCAAAAGCAGCGUUAGGAGGAAGAAGCUUGGGAAGGAAAAGAAACCACCGCAAAGAAAAAUGAAACAUAACAUAGGGACGAUAAACAACGGCUCAGUUAUACCAAGUCCGAAUGGUGCUCCAAUUAGCAAAGUAUAUACGUCUAUAAAGACACUCUCUUUAAACCAUUUGACAGCAAAACAGCAUCUAUUAAUGGCAAUAUGUCGAGACGUUUCCUUGCUACCUCCAAUCAUUUAUAUAUUCGCAUCGUUAAGGAAGGCAUGGGAUAUUUCCUUUGAAACUACUAUAACACUCUACGAGCCUCAAUCAUUGAAAGAAACGUUAACAGCCUUUUGGCAAACGUACAUUUUCACAAAUAUAACCUUUUCACUCGGCAUUGACAAUAAAAAUGGAAACGAUACUUCGUUCAAUGCAGGUGAAAACAUAACAUUCUUAACAGCUUUAAUCACGGCAAGGGCAUCGGAACAUUUUCUUUGUUCAUUAUGGUGCCUAGUGUCUCUCUAUUUAACAUACGCAAUAUUGGAUUCAUUAAUGGUUAGAUGGAUAGUUAAGUACUCUACUGUGGCCGCUAUCAUGAGAAUGUUUUCGAUGUCUUUAAUUUUAAUCACUUUGGAAUUAUUGUUAGUUGCUUCUCUUUCUCCUGAACAGGAUUACUUCUUACAUACCUGGAUUUUAAUAAGUUGUAUAUUAACUGUCGUUUACAUAUGGCAAAGUUAUUUGACUUCUGAUUUAAACGAUAAUAAUAAGCAUAACAAUCAUAAAAACGGAUUCAAAGUUGUUGACAACUUCGUGGAUGAAGAAUUUUUUACAGCCGCACGAAGGUUAAACACUAAAGACGAACUUCCAGGCAAAAAUGAAUAUAGUGGAGCAAAAACUAUAUUUGAUCUUGACGAAGAUAACCACGUAUAUUGUCAGGAGAAUGCAGAGCGAUCAUUUUGCGAAGGUGAAGAAGAAGCAAGUGAUAGCAAUGAGAUAUUUGAUGAAAGAACCAGCGACAAUGAUGCCACAUCGAAUGGCCACAAUCAUGAAGAUAAUAACAAUGCAGAAACCCUUUCCUCAGUGGCAUUUAACUCACGUUCAUCUCCUGUAACAAAUAAUGGCCCUGACAGAACAAAAUGGAAGCAUAUUGCAGAUAAAAAUAAAUUUGCCAGA